AAAAACUAUCAUUUUGUUUUUCUUAAUAACAAUUGUUAUUACCUGAAAUUUGCUGUCGAAAAAUCUCCCCCAUUGACUUUGUACACAAACUUCGGUGAAUUUGGAACUAUUCAAAAGCUCCAUGAGCAAAUGACGGCUACUUCCGGUGUCGCAACCUUGUUUAUAUAGGGCCUUGACGCUUGUGUGUUGCUGCCCUCUACGUUCGUUGGUUGAACUGUAUACUGAAUCUCCCAAGUUGCUUCAUUUGCAUGAUCUAUAGGGUGAGUGAGCGGGUGAUUUGGUGUAUUUCAGAGGAGCGAGAGAGUGUACCACGUUGCACAAUAUACUUUUGUGAGCGAACCUGCCCAAAAGAGAUAUAUAAGUGAGAAGAAGCGUGGACUGGGUUCUGGAGACUGCGAGACGGCAGAACGCUACCCCCGACAGGGCCCGGUUACGCCACACUAUCAUUGAGGCUCAAAAUAAAAAGUUUUGCACAAUUUGCAAAAGAAAACAGAGGAAGAAAAUUCAGUUUUGAGGCACAUUUUCAGGCCAGAAAUGUACUUAUUUAACAAAAUAUUGCAUACAAAAUAAAUGACCAAUAUGAAAGAGUAACAUUUACUCUAUCUGAUGCUGCAAUAAUAUUUCAUUUAACUUGAGGUUAAAACAGGUAAAUUCUUAGAGAAAGAAAGUCUCACGAAUCACGAGAUUUUGCAAGAAGGAUGAUUCAGCCACGAGAUGAUUUGGAUGAAUCUGGCCUUUUUGCUCAUUAGCAUAGGGACCUGCGGUCUGACUGUUAGCUGAAAUUUAAGAACCGCUGUUGCCGAAAAAAUUAAGAAAUCUGUGGUUUUGUUCUGAGUUUGUUAACGUUCUUGCAAAUUUGGGAUCGUAUCUUCAAAAUUACCAAUCAAAACAGAGUUAUACCGCAUUGAAUUUGCACAGAAAUCAAGUUGACGGCAUGCUAGCUAGCGGUAGCUGGCAGGCAGGCCUCCAUUCAACAUGGGAACAAAUGGCCGCUGCAACUAACGGGUUGCAUAUUGGUUGUGGUGCUGUGCAAUUUAGCGACGCUUGCACACAUUGACUUUUGAACACACAACGUGCUAUGUCGAACGGGGGCGGGGCUGUUGAAUGGUGGGUGCAAAACAUUGCGAUUCAAUUCAAGAUAUUAUGAAGUACUAGUAUUGAGAUAGGAGAAAAUAAACAUUGCAAAAUUUGCAAUUAAUACUAUUACUAGACGAACAUAUUCAACAUUGAUGCAAAAUUCAUUUUGUGAAACAAUAUUUUAGACCCCAAAAAAAUAUUGCGGAAAAGCUUAACAUGUCGAAUUCUGGGCAGGUAGGGUAACUAGUACUAUAUCAUAUUUAUAAAAAUACCACAGAGUCUUAGAUUCCCACCUCAAAUUUUCUUACUGUAGUUUUUAAAUUGCCUAUGCUUAUUUGUUAUUUAUUGUCUUGUAUUCAUUUUCACAGAGUACCGGUAUGUUUUAUUCUAAGGGAGGAAGAGGUGGAGAUAGCAGCAGCAGCACACAAAGAUCCUUCCAUACUGCAAACAGUAGUUUAGAAUCUGAAGAUGAGAUCAGAACCAUCAUUGCCUCUUCGUCAGACACAUCAGAGAUACCAUCACUAGUACUAGGUCAAAGGUCAUACUCAUCUGGAUGGGUGCAGUCAUCAAGUACAGGCAAAGAAGAUUAUGAAAGUCAUUAUUCAACAGCAAAGUCUUCAUUUGAUUCCAGAUAUAGAUCAGAUACAUUCUACACCGCUACAACUCAUAGUGAAAGAAAUGAUAGCUCCUCAUUGUACAGCAGUGAAUUUGAAUCGGAUGGAUCAUUGACCACAGAUAACAUUGUGAACCAUGAAUUUAAGAAUGAGGAGGAAGCUGAGAGAUGUUUCUUGAAAGCAAAGCUUAAACUACUGAAAAGAGAGAAAGAACAGGUCAACGUUGAACAAAAAAGGGCUGAAGAAUUACCACCAGAGCGAAACACGUUUGUCAAAAUGCAAAUUUUGAAUCUACUACACAAACAAAAGAAAGCUUCAGUUGAGCCUUCAAGAAACUCGGACAAGAUGAAAAAGAAGAAAAGAUCAACGCAAAAGAGACUUGUUUCUCCUCCAUUGAUGCUAAAUGGAAAGGUUGAGGAACUGAGGAUACAAAAUUUAUUACAUAAAAUGAAAAGGGCAUCUGAAGCCCCAGUCCAUGAUGUUGAUCAAUGUGAGAACUGCAGGAAGGCAAAGGAGUUGGUUGUUGAGAGAGAAUUUGUAAAGACAAAACACAGGCAUGUGUACAACGAACUAACAGAAGAGAGAUAUAGGCAACAUAUCAUUAACCAUGAUCCGCUCAGUGAGAUUGGUAAUUUAGCAUCUACAUUGCCGAAACUCAGCAGUGAUCCAAAGAAGGUUUGGGACCAGCUCAUCAACAACGGUAUUACAUAAAACCAUCUUCCAACAGUCGUAUACAUGUAUUUCCCAGCAAAUAAUUAUGUGAAGAAAUGCAUAAUGAUUAGAACUGUUAACUGUAUGAGGAAAAUGUCUUCAAUAGAUAAUAAUGGGUCGAUGAUAUAUCACCUAUUAUACAAUGCCUACUUAGCUUAUUGUACGCAAGCUAAUGGGAGGCUGAAUGUCAAACAUUCGUAUCGUUGCACACACAGCGUACUAUCCAAAAUGUACCGUUGCACGGCUGUAGGAGGUGACGUCACAAUACGAUUUGAUUCAUUGCGCUCAGUGAAAAUGAAAGUGCAAUACGCGUAUAGCCUGCUGGCUAAAUGCGCAACGCUGCCCAAGAUCAUGUGCGCUUGGGGGAUUUUGCUUUUCGCUUUCAAUAUUUGUGCUCGCUUUUUAUAGAUUACUGCAGAAGAAAAAGCCAGAAAUAACAACAGCUGUGAAUGUUUUAGUGUCAAUAAUGGAGCCAUUGCUGCAGAAUGCUCCGAAAACACAUUUCCCAACUUUUCUGCAAAAUUCAGUCCUGCAAUGAAUGCACUCAUUUCUGAUUUAGAGCUGAGGAUGAUAGAAUAGGACAAGAAAUGAUAUUGAACUGUGAAAGUAAUACAGAGGUCAUUAGUGCCCAGAUCAAGGACUAAUAUGUCUGGAUUACUAGCUUGAAGUUCCCUUAUGUAUUUCAGGUUCUGUAACAUCCUUUUGAAGUUGGGCCCCUCUUCCCAAAAGCUCUCCAAUACUACCUCCUCCCAACGUACUUCCAGGUUCAUGCUCCUUACCCCACUCCCUACUAACCGCUUCACAAAACUAUGCCCAAAUGAAAAAGCUGUCAUGUUUAUAAUUGAAGGUGGAGCCCAGCCCAGAGAUCCAAAGUUUUUUUUCAUUCCAUUUUUUUAUUAAAUAGGAUAAAUCCGAUUUCAACACAGACCUACGCAAAUUGUAUGGAUUAGAAUGAAUACCUUUACUUUGUCUUUGGGAUCUCCAUGAUACAACACCUCCACUUGUUCUGCCUCUGGUAUGACUGGUUCUCUCCCCUACUGUUUCUGUAGUUACCCUUUCUGGUACUAGAACAUAUUCAUCUCAAAAUCUUGUCUAGAAUCCUUGUAGCUAACAAGGGUUUUCCUUCUCAUCAAAAUUCAACACAAAAUCUUCUCUAUUGUGUUCAACCAGCACAUCUAAUUCAGAGGGUAUGACCUUUGACCUUGAUCAUGUGAUCUGGAAACUCAUGCAGGAUGAUCAGUGAUACUUGGUUACCCUUAUCUGUAAGUUUCAUGAACUAGGUCCAUAUACUUCCUAAGUCAUGAUGAACAUUUAAAAAACUUAACCCUGGUUAAAUAUUUCAAUGCUGAUGCCCCAAACAUGGCCAAAGUUCAUUGACCCCAAAUGACCUUUGACCUUGAUCAUGUGACCUGAAACUCAUGCAGGAUGAUCAGUGAUAUUUGUUUACCCUUAUGUCCAAGUUUCAUGAACUAGGUCCAUAUACUUCCUAAGUUAUGACAUUUAAAAAACUUAACCUUGGUUAAGAUUUCAUUGUUGACGCCGCCGUCGGAAAAGCGGCGCCUAUAGUCUCGCUCUGCUAUGCAGGCGAGACAAAAAUGAAAAUUGAUGACGUCACACUUCGGUACUCUAUGACAUGUUCCUCUGGUAUGAUUUUUUAAAAUCCUAACUCAAACGUAAACAACAUUAUUGCAUGUACAACAAAAUUGUUGACACUGGGAAAGCAAUACAUGUCUCGUUGAGCCAACGAAUUGGAUGCUCAAGGAAUAUUCUAUGUACAUAUCACAUCUUCGUUGGUGAGGUGAUUUCGAUAAGUUACAGGAAAUCACUUGUUUUGUUCAUGUUGGGCCACACGCAUGUCCUCAUGUAUGAGGACAUGCCUUCAGAAAACUGAAAUACACUUCUACACGGACCCAAACCCAUGUGCAUUCCUCAUAGAGUUCACAAGCAUUUGUGUGAAUUUUGUUUCCUCGGUGUGCUUCCUUGGAAGUGUCAGUUCCAGUGAACAUGUUGACACUCGUGGCAGUCUUGCCUCUGAAAAUUGGAGUAUGGGCUUAUUUUCGAAUCCUCCCAGUGGGAUUUCCUCGCUGCCACUGAAGAACAUAAGGAACUCUUUCAACGUCAUCCCACUAACAUCCUUGCCUACAUUUUAAGAAGGAAAAAUAUGUACAGAAAAGCAUAAACUUAUUUACAUUUGCAAUAAUAACAAAAAUUUGAUCUUCAAAUUUAUUAUAAAGCAAUGAAUACAAACCCAAUAUCCUGCAUUCAUAGACACAGAAGUCACAACUAACAUUAACACUUAACUAAACAUGAAUGACUGCUCGGUCAAAUUGCAUAUUUUAGUUCUCAUUCCAUGCAGAUGGGAACAUGUUUGUUCUACUAAUUGUUAAACUAUUGAUUGAAUCAAAUUAUUGACUAUUAUAACACUCGGGGAAUAGUUUUCCUGGUAUCGCAUAGCAAUUUGAUUUUCUUUUUUAGACUAGCUAUUGCAUUUUUCUUCUAUUAGAAGAAGUGCACAGAAUAUCAUUUGUAAAACUGAACAUUAAUUUGUCAGGGUGACAAAUUUGGUGAUAUGCAGGAUAUUGUUAUUUAUUCAUUUUAUAGAGGAAUAUACAACAAUCAAAUCCAUAUGCAUGCGCACAAAAUUGGGGUUCAAAAGGACUUAGGGUUCCUUAGUUUCGAAAGAAAUUGAGAUAUGAACUUUGACCUUCAUUCGCAGUCAACUUCACCUUGCAUUAUUUUGACAAAUAGUUCCAGAGAUAAUUACCAUAUUAUUAAUUUAAUUUAUCAAUCAUAAGAUAUUCAUAACAUAAUUCAUAAAUAAUCCUUUUACAUAAUUUCAAGCUAGUGUUAUACAUACAAAGCAUAUAGUCAAAUAUUAAGUUUUUGAAGCAAAUUUAAAAUACAAAAUUAUUUUAUGUAACAAGUGGAGAAAAAGAGUAAAAAGUUCUUUAAAAAACCUGGGACUCAAACACACAACCAUUGAAUCAAAGGUGGUUUAAUAAUCAAUUGAGCUAAAAAUUGCCCAUACAGAUAACACGUAAAGUAUGCAAGAGCUUUGGAGGGCAAUGCAUUUCUUCAACCCACCCAUAUAUUAAUCUUCCGUUAAGUAAUCAAAUAUAUUUUGCUGCUCGCAACAUUUUCCCUUUUAAUUUUUUUUUUCACACAUUGCCUUUUGAAUAUUGUAAAAGAUUUAUUUUUCAGUAUUUCACUGUCCCACAUCUAUAACCUAAACUAAGUAUGACAAUCUAAUACAAGUAAUUAUCCUUCCAAUCCUUGAAUUUCACUAUUAAAAACCAAUUGUUUCCUAUAUUAAAAAAAGACAACUUCAAAACUUCCAAAAACACUUGGCACAACUGUGUUUAAACUUAUGCAACACUUUUCAAACCUUGAACGUUAAAAACCAAUUAUAACAUCUAACAACUUGGCUACUAUAUACAUCGGAAGUAGAAUAUUUAUGCUCCUUGCCUCCCUUGGGUUCUUAAUUCAAAACAUGUAUAAAAAAAAUACCUAGUAUAUAAGAAUAUAAAAAUCCAUAUCCCAGAAGGGUCCACCUUCCCAUAGCAGUGGACUGCCCACAGGCCCUCCCCGGUCAAAGGCACCAUCUUACCAGGGCUGUGCAGUGCAUUGCAUUCCCUUUUGGUUGGAGGACUGGCUCACCAGUGUCCAACCUAAGUCCCCUAGGUGCAGGAAGGGGUGUCAGCGCUGCAAUUACACAGAAAGGGCCAUUUUAAAACACUCCCUUCAGUAAGUGAACACUUAGACAAUAAAUAGGUGGCCUAUAUACAAAAAGAAACAAAGACAAAAGAAGGAAACAAGAGACACAGAGAGGAAGCGCCUCAGUUGGUCUCCUCCGGCCAUUAGACAUAUAGUAUCCUCUUUCUUUGAUUUUAAUUCAGUAGCUCCUUCCCACUUCACCAAACUCCAAACUGUCCUGACGUCCAUAUUGGUAGCUCUCAUUUUGAAUAGCCAAGAAGAAAACCAGGCCAGGAUCAAUUAAGAAUCCAAGAGGCCGGUUGACCCCUCCCUCACCAUUUGCCCUUUUUUUCUUCUCUUUUUUUUUUGGGGUGGGGUGGUAAGUGUCUAUAUGCCUUGAUAUUUGACAUUAUUUUUUUUGGUGACCCAAUAGUUACUUCUGUCAAAAACAAGAUUAUUAGAAUUAGCAGCCGAAAGAUAAGAUGGGACGUUGAAAUUAUUUACAUUAUCUAAAAACUUUGAUUUCUAUACCAUCUUACCAAGUCUGUGCAGUGCAUUGCAUUCCCUUUUGGUUGGAGGACUGGCUCACCAGUGUCCAACUUAGGUCCCCCAGGUGCAGGAAGGGGGCGUCAGCGCUGCCAUUACGCGGAAAGGGCCAUUUCAAAACACUACCCUCCAGAACGUGAACACUUAGACAAUAAAUAGGUGGCCUAUAUAC